AUGUUGUCUAAUCCUCUCCAUCGAUUUUCAGGCUAUCAUGCCAUGCCCUCCAACACACUCAUGUCCAACGGUCAUAUGCCUCAAGGACAUCUCCACAACACCGGGCUCGACGGCCUUGGUCAGAGCUCCCAUUAUGCCCUUCAGCAACUUCAACAACAUGUCGGGGUGCACAAUCCCCACCUCACCCGAGCCGCGCCGCACAUGAAGCAUCACCGCCAGCACCCGUAUGGAUCUGCUGUCAGAACGGCAGGAAUAGCCGGGCCGAUUCGUAGGAGAAUCAGCAGGGCUUGUGAUCAGUGCAACCAGCUGCGGACGAAGUGCGAUGGGAACCACCCUUGUGCACACUGCAUUGGCACAGAGUUCGGGCUUGGGUGCGAAUACAUUCGCGAGAGAAAGAAGCGGGGGAAGGCGUCGAGGAAGGACCUAGCUCAACAAGCUGCCGCACAAGCUGCGACGACGGGAUCAUCCAACGGACAAAAAUCACCGACACACAGCGCAAGCAAUACAACGAAGGACGAUCAAAAGGCCGACAGCGGCAACAGCACCGUCAACGCCGCCAACAGUGAGCAGCACAGCCCUGACGAUAAAGAUCUCGACAACGAUGCCAUGCAGAGGAGCCAGCGCAUGGGGAGCAUGGAUAGUAUCGACGAGAUGGACCACCAAGGACAUGUCGCUGGACACCACCACCACCAACAAGCGACUCCUCUUGAGAGAGACCACCAUACCAUGGGGAACCCCAGUGCCCUCGACAUCAACAGCUACGGCAGUGUACACAGCGGAUAUGACCGCCAGGGUGGCAUGGGCGGUGCGACGGCUCACAUGAUGGGUGGUGCGGCCCAUGGAGGCUAUGGAAGCCAGAGCGGCAUUUCAAGCUACCCGGAGCUCCCAUAUCUGCAAACGCAAAGUCCGACGGGCUACUCAGGUGGCGGAGCCUCAUAUCGUAUUGGCACAAGCCCGUUGAGCGCCUACCCACUCUCUGGCGAGACGGCGUCGCCCAGUUGGGGACUUCCAAUACCCUCACCUCCGGCAUCGCACGGCCAGUACCACUCGCAGCGCAUUCAGCAACAAAGCGGCGUCAGCUACACAGCCAGUGCUUCCGCAGGGCUCGCAUCUGGCCACCCGCAGCACCUGCGAUACCCCGUCCUCGAUCCUCUUGUACCUCAUCUGGGAAACAUCAUUCCCCUUUCCUUGGCAUGUGACCUGAUCGACCUUUACUUCGCAAGCUCAUCCUCGGCGCAGGUCCACCCAAUGUCGCCCUACGUCCUGGGCUUCGUGUUCCGCAAGAGGUCGUUUCUGCACCCGAGUAAGCCUCGACUGUGCCAGCCAGCGCUUCUUGCCAGCAUACUUUGGGUUGCUGCACAAACCAGCGAUGCUCCAUUCUUGACCAGCGUACCUUCUGCUCGUGGCAAGAUAUGCCAGAAGCUGCUUGAGCUGACCGUGAGCUUGCUAAAGCCACUGAUUCAUACUCCCUCGGGAGACGUUUCGCCUGUUUCCAGCCCCGUGAUUGACGGUGCUGCUCUGGGAGGCCUCGGCGUUGCGAUGCCAGGCUCCAUCAGCAUGGAGGCUUUGUCAGGAGAGACGGGGGCUUUUGGUGCCGCCGGUACUCUUGACGAUGUCGUGACCUACAUCCACCUGGCGACUGUUGUAUCUGCAAGCGAAUACAAGGGUGCCAGCCUAAGGUGGUGGAACGCUGCUUGGUCGCUUGCACGGGAGCUCAAACUAGGCCGCGAGCUUCCACAGAACGCGCCCUCGGCCAUGUCAGACACGGCAGGCAACGAUCGCAACGACAACGACGAUGCUACGGAAGCGCUCGGGGGUGGACACAAUGUUAUCACUGACGAGGAACGAGAGGAGAGGCGGCGGAUCUGGUGGCUGGUCUACAUUGUCGACCGCCACCUCGCCCUUUGCUAUAACCGACCUCUCUUCCUUCUUGAUAUUGAGUGCGAUGGGCUCUUGCAGCCUCUGGACGACACGGCCUACCAAAAUGGCGAGUUCAGGCCACACCAAGUAGCCACAGAUCCGGAAAUGCUAGGCGAAGACCGGCGCAGCAGCCAAAGGAGUGAGACGCCCAUCCGAGGACCAUCGUUUGAAUGCACCGGGCAUGGCAUCUUCGGCUACUUCCUCCCACUCAUGACCAUACUCGGCGAGAUUGUCGACCUGAAUCAUGCCCGAAACCAUCCGCGAUUCGGCAUCAACUUCCGCUCUCACAGCGAGUGGGAUGAGCAGACUUCGGAGAUCGCACGCCAUCUAGAGCUGUACGAGCAGAGCCUACGACGGUUUGAGCAACAGCACCUCAGCGCUGCGGCGCAAGCACAAGCGCAAGCUGCCGAUGCCGCAAAGGCUGCUGCCGCCGCGCAGGCCCAUGCACAUGCACAAGCGCAGCAGACCAGCAACGACGACUCGGGCAUCUCGGGCGACAACAUCAGCGUCGGCGACGUCGGCACGCCAUCCGCGCUGUCAGUCCACAGCGUCGCCCACAGUGCCCACACCACGUCCUCGUCGCGAAUGACAGAGUCUGACGUCCAGACGCGGAUCGUGUUGGCGUACGGCACGCACGUCAUGCACGUUCUGCACAUACUCCUGACGGGGAAGUGGGAUCCCAUCAACCUCCUCGACGACAACGACCUCUGGAUCAGCUCCCAGGGCUUCAUAACCGCCACGGGCCACGCCGUCGAUGCCGCGGAGGCCAUCGGCAGCAUCCUCGAGUUCGACCCGGGCUUGGAGUUUAUGCCCUUCUUCUUUGGCAUCUACCUUCUCCAGGGCUCGUUCCUUCUCCUGCUCAUUGCAGACAAGCUGCAGAGUGAGGCCAGCCCCAGCGUGGUCAAGGCGUGCGAGACCAUUAUCCGUGCCCAUGAGGCCUGCGUGGUUACGCUCAACACUGAAUAUCAGCGUAAUUUCAGCAAGGUCAUGCGAAGUGCUCUGGCGCAAGUCCGUGGCCGCGUCCCUGAGGAUCUCGGCGAGCAACACCAGCGCCGCAGGGAGCUUCUGGCCCUUUACCGAUGGACAGGAGACGGGACCGGGCUGGCGCUAUAG